CCUCUACUAUAUAGUACCAACCUCCUCUUCCUCCUCCCCAUCACAGCAGCACGCCAAUUAUUAUUAUUAUUUUUAAUAUUAAUAUCAGAUCCAAUCGAAUGGCCGCCGUGGAUGAGCAGAAAUGGGUGCUGAUGGUGACGGCGCAGACGCCCACCAACAUCGCGGUGAUCAAGUACUGGGGCAAGAGGGACGAGUCCCUCAUCCUGCCCGUCAACGACAGCAUCAGCGUCACCCUCGACCCCGACCAUCUCUGCACCACCACCACCGUCUCCGUCAGCCCUUCCUUCUCCCACGACCGCAUGUGGCUCAACGGCGACGAGAUUUCCCUCUCCGGCGGCCGAUUCCAGAGAUGUCUCAGGGAGAUUCGCAGCCGCGCCUGCGAUGUUCACGAUGAAAGUAAGGGAAUCCACAUCACUAAGAAGGAUUGGGAGAAGCUGCAUGUACAUAUCGCUUCCUACAACAAUUUCCCUACCGCUGCCGGAUUGGCUUCCUCCGCCGCCGGCUUUGCUUGUCUCGUUUUCGCCCUCGGAAAGUUGAUGAACGUAAAGGAAGAUCAGAGCCAGCUUUCUGCUAUUGCAAGGCAAGGGUCAGGCAGUGCUUGUCGCAGCUUGUACGGUGGAUUUGUCAAGUGGAUCAUGGGAAAAGAUGACAAGGGAACCGACAGUCUUGCAGUUCAACUUGCAGAUGAGAAGCACUGGGAUGAGCUCGUCAUUAUAAUUGCUGUGGUAAGUUCAAGGCAGAAGGAAACAAGUAGUACUACAGGAAUGCGUGAUACCGUUGAAACAAGUUUACUCUUACAACAUAGAGCGAAGGAAGUAGUGCCCAAACGCAUAAUAAAAAUGGAAGAAGCCAUUAGGAAUCGUGAUUUUGCUUCUUUUGCACAGUUGUCCUGUACCGACAGUAACCAGUUUCAUGCUGUCUGCCUGGACACAUGUCCUCCCAUUUUCUACAUGAAUGAUACAUCCCACAGGAUAAUCAGCCUUGUCGAGAAGUGGAACCGUUCAGAAGGAACACCUCAGGUGGCCUAUACAUUUGAUGCGGGCCCGAAUGCGGUUAUGAUUGCACGUGACAGAAAAACUGCCACCCUUUUGCUUCAGAAGCUUCUUUACACUUUCCCUCCAAAUUCUGAUGCGGAUUUGAACAGUUUUGUUCUUGGUGACAAGUCAAUUUUGAAAGAUGCUGGUAUUAACUGCCCGGAGGAUAUUGCAUCUUUGCCCCCACCUCCAGAAAUCAAGGGCCAGCAGUAUAAAGGAGAUGUUAGUUACUUCAUCUGCACAAGACCUGGGAGAGGUCCAGUGGUGUUGUCAGAUGAAACAAAAUUUCUUCUCGACCCUGAAACUGGGAUGCCGAAGCAAAACCAAGAUUUGCCAUGAGAUGAUUGGCUUGAGUUUCUAUCGGUUUUACAGUUUGUGUUGCUUAUUCCAUGUAUUUCAAUCCAAUUAUGGCUUCUGUACUCAUUUUCUUCUUGACUCAAUAAUGAAUAAAUUGUCUAUUCUUACAUUUGAAAGUGUUGCAUCUGUCUGGAGAUGUGGGAGGAUAGCAUUUGUGACUACUGUACUAAACGUCUAAACUUGCAGUUCACUCUGCACUGUCCAUUGGAAUAAACGUGAGCACUGAUUUUGUGGUUCAAAUUUAAUGAAUGAACCUCUUAUACCU